CCAACAUCAUCCAGCGGGGCAGGUGGCCCUUACAGUUACCACAUCCCCAGGAUCAUGCAAUCCGGGAUAGUUGAGUUUGUCAUAGGUAUAAACCAACAACAGUUCUCAAUACACGCAGCAUUAGCUGGAUAUUUUCCAAAAGAGAUAUUUCAGCCUUCCAUAAAUGGGCAAGUCGAUGAGAUCGUCUUUGGUCAUUGCUGUGAGUUCAUAUAUUCUGGUGAUUACUCCAUUCCGUUGCCGACUGCUGAUCUGUGCAGGGACGAUAACGACAAGCCCAGCGACAGCCAGACACUGUCUCGGGAGAAGCUUGACAAGGCGUCCUUAGAUGAAGGAGUCCCGGACAACAAUCUAGCAGAUAAUUAUGCGGCUGUUUUUCUAAGCUAUGCUGAAGUUUAUCAUUUCGCCUACACAGCGGACUGGGAUCCGCUUUACACUCUGUUGCUCUAUUUGUAUUUGAGGAAAAUAAAGGAUAUGGACAACAUGCGAGAUAUGUUGGUACAUUAUGCAGUGUGGAACAUAGAAAUAAUUAUGCGGGAUACUAACUUUCAAUAA